AUGCCCAAGGUACCCGCUACUAGCUCUUGGGCAGGAGCACCUCCGAUCGCAGAAGACGGUUUCGCAUUCGCCGAAGGUGUUUUUUUCGCCCAAGCUUCAGGCCAAAACCGCCAUCGACGCGCCACAGCUACCGAGCUCAAGGAACACUUCACCUCGGGCAACGACAAGGACCACCCUGCGCACUGGUUCGAAGCCCAACUCAUCCACUAUGGACUCCAGCCUUCAAAGACCAAGGCGGUCGCGCGCAUGCGUCUCUUUGAUGCUGUUAAUGCGGGUGACCUGAAGGUACCUGCAAAUGUGAGCAAGCUUGAGACCAAGCUCAAGAAAGAAUGGACGAAGAACGACCGGGAAGCCAAAAAGGGCGCGACAAGCAGUAAACCUGCUGCAAAGGCACCGGUCGCGAAAACAGAGACGAAGAGUGCAGCGGGAACAAAACGAAAGGCAAGCGACAACGAUAAUACCGCUGCCGUUAAGAAAGCAAAGACAGCAACGCCAAAGGCUACAGCGCCUAAAGCAUCAGCGCCCAAGACCGCUGCACCGAAAGCAAAAGCCCCACCGAAAGCGCCAGCAAAAGCGACCGCAAAGACCACAACCACAGUAAAGACAACGACUACGACCAAGACUACGACCACGACAAAGGCCACGACGAAAGCUCCAGCGAAACCAGCGAAGGAAUCCACAACGCCAGCAAAGCCACGACUUAAAGAAACCGCGCGUUGUAGUGGUAGGGGAGGCAUGGCUCGGGGACCCGGCCGCAACGCAGCAGCAAGUGCAAGUGCAAGUGCCUCGGAACCAGCCAUACCGCGGCAGACAGCGCGACGAAGCGGCGCCUUUGCGGCCCGGGGCCGUAUCCCCGUCCAACGGGACGACUUUGAUGAAGCUCCACCCCCAUAUUCGGAAUUUCCAGAUCAAGACGACUACUCCGACGGAGACUCUCCGAGGUACGGCUACGAAAGCGACCAAGACGACGAUGACAAUCUCGCGCCUUUAGGCUUGCUCAACGGUGACUACACAAUUGUCUCGAGCGAUGUUACAGAGCAGUGGAGCCAUUACGAUCUCGACGAUUUGGAGUUGACUCUCACACUUGCUGGCAAUCAACUCUGGGGACGAUUUAAUCUAGGAGUGUACGAAGGCGUGCUGUGCUUCGACGAGCGCCCGAUGAGAUCAUCUCACGCCAGACUCGAUUUUACAUGGCGGGGUCGUGAAGAUCAGGGACCUGUUAUUUAUGGUAACGACAACACUGGAUGGAUGGAAUUUCUUGGCAACGGUCGCAUCAAUGGAUGUCUUGACCAUCAAUCUCUUGCAUUCCGCGCCCGAAGAAUUGAAGGUCAGGGAACGAGAAGCAGGAUCAACGCCGAAUCUUUGCAAGAUGAAUGGAGUGGUUACACGUAUCGAUUGUACGAAGAGGAAAAUCGGGCUCGAUGGUGA